AUGGAUCUUCGUAACAACAGAACAGCAUGUUUAUGCCAAAAUCCGACAAAUCAAGAAAUAACAGCAAGCUCAUUCUUUGUACCACCGAAUUCUAUUGACUUCUCUACAGUCUUUAGCAAGUUUGACAUCAAGUCUCAGGCAGCAGUUUUAGCAGUUAUUAUUAUUAUUACAUUGAUCGCCAUUUUGGCUGGAAUUUGGGGUCAUUGGAAGGAUAGACAAGAUAAACUUCAAUGGGGUGUAACCGUAUUAGCUGAUAAUUAUAAAGAUGACAGUUAUUUCUAUCUAGUAACAGUUUAUACUGGUCUGGUUCGUGGUGGGGGUACAACAUCUAAUAUCAGUUUUAAUCUCUCUGGUGAACGAGAUGACAGUGGGGUGCGUACCCUAACAGAUGGUGUCAGAAAGGAAUUCUCAGCAGGAAGUGUAAUGCAUUUUUUAAUGGCAGUGCCAACCAGUCUGGGGUCUCUUCAGUGUUUUAGGGUUUGGCAUGACAAUUCCGGAAACGGUCGACAUGCAUCCUGGUAUCUGAGUAGAAUCGAAAUCCAUGACAUUCAAACAAAUGACAGAUAUGAUUUUAUGUGUUCUGAUUGGUUAUCUGUUGAGGACGGCCAUAUUGAACGACUGGUGCCUGUUAGUGGAAGAAUCAAUUUUAAUAACUUUAAAACUAUGUUUUAUGAACACGCUAGAAGCCAUGUUACGGAUGAUCACUUAUGGUUGUCGGUGUUUUUGAGACCCGUCAAGAGUCACUUUUACAGAGUACAGCGUAUUGGGUGCUGUUACGCCUUACUCAUGCUUACCAUGAUAGCCAAUGCCAUGUUUUUUGAGGGAAAAGAUCAGAAAGACCGUCAACAGCUAUCCCAAAUAGAACUUGGACCAAUUCGAUUUUCAUUGAAUCAGUUGUACAUAUCUAACAGACUGGAAGAAGCUCUGGUAGUAAGAGAUAUAGUUGAUGAUAAAGAAGGAGUUUUGCCACAUUUCUGUGUCUAUAUAGCCUGGGUUAUCAUAUUUAUAGCAGCCUUUGUAUCAGCUUUCUUCUUAAUGUUAUUCAGUAUGGAAUGGGGCAAGAGUUUAUCAGAAGAAUGGCUGACGUCAUUCUUUCUGUCUUUUCUCCAGUCUAUGGUGGUUGUCGAUCCAUUUAAGGUGGUAUUUAUGGCUGUUGUAUUUUCUCUAUUCCUUAAAGCCAUUAAAAGUAGUAGUCCUACUCACUAUGAUCUCAAAGAGAUAACGCUGCUGGCCAACAAGAAAGGACAACCAAAUGCAGGUCGGCGAAGACUAAAAUUUGCCAUGCCUUACUCAGAAGAAGAAUUUCAACGGCUGAAACUUCAACGUGUGCGAAAUGUGAGAAGGAACCAAUCGGUUAAAGAGUUGUGUUUUAAUUCUGUUUUCUUAUGGAUAUUGUUUAGUAUAUCAUACAGUAACAGAGAUCAACAAUCUUAUCUUCUACAUCAAUAUGUACAAAAUAACUUUAUGGAACCACCUAAACCAUACAGAACAUACGAAAAAAUCGGCGAAGCUGCCCAUUUCUUUGAUUGGUUGAAUUCUACAGUUUUGCCAACAUUGUUUACUGAAGAUGAUUAUCGAGGUUAUAGAAUGGUGUCUAGUCAACGGCUCUUCUCGUAUGAUACCAAUAAUUUUAGAGUUGGUCCGCCACGAUUACGACAAGUUAGAACUAAGAAAACCACAUGUGAUAUACCUUAUGUUGGUAACACUGAAUGCAUCCUUGGAUACCAACUACCAAUAGAAGAUACUGAUACAUAUUGUAUGGGCUGGACAUCAACUCCUUGUCCCGAUUUUGAGAAACUAGCUUUGACUUACGAGGCAUAUAAGUUUACGUCUGCUUUAGAUAUUUGGGGCUACCCCAUUGCAGGUCAGCAUAACGUGUACGGUGGUGGCGGGUAUAUAGCUAAUUUGGACGUCAAUAUGCUUAUAUCUUUUGAAUCACUCAAGGAAUUAUUCAACUCAAAAUGGAUCGACAGAAACACCCGUGCUGUAUUUUUCGAAUAUACACUUUAUAACGUCAACAAAAAUAUAUUUGUUUACGUCAGCAUGUUGACAGAAUUUCCAGAAACUGGCGGGACUAUCACGUUUAGUAAUAUCUACCCUUUCCGACCAAGUCAACAUGAAGGUGCACAUGCCGCUUAUGUCCUCCUCUGUGAGUUAGCAUUUUGUGUUUAUAUCGUUAUCAACGUAAUAAUUAUCAUCAUCAAAAUGGCGAAACAGAAGUUGAGAUAUUUUAAACAGUUUUGGCAAGUCAUAGAUUUAAUAAUGAUAGGAAUAGCUAUUGCAGCCAUUGCUCUGUAUGCAGUUCGUGAAGGAUUUACCGCAGAUGCGUUACAGAAAUAUCGCGAUAAUAACCGAGAGUUUGUUAAUUUCUAUCACGUGGCUAUAUGGGAUGGAACUUUUGUUGCCUUCCUUGGAUUUUUGGUAGCCAUAGCAACGGUUCGCCUAAUUAAAGCACUUGGAUAUACUAGAAGAACCGCUAAAAUUUACAAUGUUCUGAAGAACAGUUCUAAAGUAUUGCCUGGUCUGGCCUUUUAUAUCGUCACAGUUCUAACGAGUUUCAGUUUCUGGGGACUUAUAUGUUUUGGUAGUAUAUCAGAGCGAUAUUACAGCUUUAUUACGUGUCUGGAGACUUUAUUUAUGGCCAUCCUAGGAAGUCCCGAUUUCAAAGAAACUGGGGCCGAAAUACAGGACACGUGGAUAACCAUUCUCUAUUUCUGCCUGUUUGUUGUCAUGGUAACACUUACACUUACAACUAUAUUUCUCGCUAUCAUGUUAGAUGUCAUGGCUAUGACCCAGGGUUCUGAACCGAACGAAUCUGACAUAGACAUGGAAUUGAUUUCUUAUGUUUGGCAGUCAUUCCUGGGUAUUUUUACUGGACGAAAACCGGAUAUGAAGGGUAAUCAAAGAAUGACGAACGUAAUGACUGCAGCGAGAUUGGCACAAGAAAAUAAUCGUAAACCACAAGGCAGUGAGGAUGGUGAAAAUGACAUACCGUAUUUGAUAUCCAGAAGUAACUCGGUGCGUAGUCUAAAGCCUGUCACCAAUAUUAAGGGACGUAUUGUUUAUCAGUAAAAACUCACUUAUUAUUGUCGAUUCUAAAAAAAUAAUAACUGUUCGCCAGA